GGCGCGCGCGCAGCGGGUGGGCGGGGCCUGCCGCCUGGGAGUACGGCACAGCCCCGGCCGCGCGCCCUCCGACGGGGGCUUAACGCGCCUCGCAGGGGCGCAUGCGUACGGACAGAGUGGUGCGUGCACAUUGGAGCCGUGCGUAUGAACAGCGCGUGCGCAAACGGCGAGCGGGCCCGCGCAACGAUCGACAGUGGGGCGGCGCGGCGCAUGCGCACUGAGGAACUAGAAGGACGCCGCUGCUGAGCCGCGCGCGGGCCACUGGACUGAGUCGCAUGCGCAAGGAGGCGGACGGGCUCUGAGGCGCAUGCGCGAGCCUUGUGCUGAGGCCAUGGAGGCCGAGGCAGUGGAGGAGGGCGAGGUGACCUCCGGGAUGCAGUCCCUGGCCGUGGAGGACACCCCAGAACUGGUGUCGGCUGCGGCAGGGGGGGAGCGGGGGCAGGAGGAGGAGAAGGAGGGAGAGUGGUGUGUCCCCUGUAGUGAUGAGGAGCUGGAAGCCCCUGAGGCCUGGAUGCCCGCACCCGAGGAAAUCAGGCGCCUCUAUGAGCAGAUCGCUGCCGAGGGCAUCCUGCCACUCCAGGCCGAAAUCCUGCCCCGGAGGGCUCCCACCCCAGAGCCUGAUAGCGAGGAGGAGGAGAGGUCUGAUGGGCAGCCUGAGUCUGAAGAGGAGGAGGAGGAGAAACCCCAUAUCCCAACUGAAUUUGACUUUGAUGAUGAGCCUGUGACUCCCAAGAGCUCCCUGAUUGAUCGCAGGAGAACACCAGGCGGCUCGUCGCGCAGCCAGAAGCGCGAGGCCCGGCUGGACAAGGUGCUGGCAGACAUGAAACGACACAAGAAGCUGGAGGAGCAGAUCCUGCGCACUGGCCGCGACCUGUUCCGGCUGGAUGGGGAGGAGGCACCAUCCCCCCAGCGCCCGCCGGGGCUCUUCCUGCGCCAGCGCAAGGCUGAAGGCGAGACUUCCUGUGUUGCUGUCGAGGCAGGAGAUGGGACUUCAUUGCUCACAGGCUGUGCCAUGCAGCAGGAGGCGGGGCUUUUACUAUCGCCGGCGGGAGGGCCCCCUCUGGCCACAGGCUGGUCUCCCCAGGAGAAGCCGCCCCCCAUGUAUGCUGAAGCCUCCACCAUGAACUUCCGGACCCCCGGCAUGUUCCGGCGCAGCCCAUCCCCUGCGGCCAAGCCGGCCCCCACCGCUGGCACCUCGGCACUGGGGGGCAUCGCCCAGAUCUCGCCCUGCCUGGACCUGUGCAGCGGCAAUGCGGCCGCCAACCGGCACCUGGUGUACGCCCGGGCCGUGACCUGCGUGGUCAACGCCACCACGGAGAUCCCCAACGCCAACUGGCCCGACAUCGAGUACGUCAAGGUGCCGGUGCCCGACCUGCCCCACGCACCCCUGGCCCUCUCCUUUGACGCCGUGGCCGACCGCAUCCACCAGACGGGCAAGCGCAACGGGCGCACGCUGGUGCACUGUGUGGCCGGCGUGAGCCGCUCCGCCUCGCUCUGCAUCGCCUACCUCAUGAAGUACCAUCGCCUCAGCCUGCUGGACGCCCACCAGUGGGUGCGCAGCCGGCGCCCUGUGGUGCGGCCCAACAUGGGCUUCUGGCGUCAGCUCAUCGACUACGAGCGCAAGCUCUUUGGCAAGAACACGGUGCGCAUGGUGCCCUCGCCCAUCGGCCUGGUGCCCGACGUCUACGAGAAGGAGACCCGGGGCCUGGUGCCCCUCUGGAGCUACAGAUAGGCGAGGCGGGACCAAUCUGGGCCCCCGGCGGGCUGCUGGAGCCUGCACACCUGCCCCCACAUGGGGUAGAUUUCAGCCCAGGACAGCUUGAACCGCCCCGGCCUGGGCAGCUUUCGAGGCGAGAUGGGGCAUGUCCCAGAACUGCCCCAGCAGCAGCCCUUGCGCUGGGGCAGAUCCCGCUGCCGGGGCAGGGUGUGCCCCGGAUCAGCACUGGAGCACCGGUUACUGCCCCGGAGGAGGGAUGCUGGUGCUGCUGUCCCGCAGGGGGCAGGUCCCACCCUCCACAGGGACAUUUCCCCCCUCAGAGACUUGGGCAUGGGGUGGCUGAGGGGGAAAGGAGGAGCUGUGUGACACUGCGAGGCAGCCAUUUUUGUAGGGCCUACCACAGAUACCCUCUGUGCGAUGAGAUGUAAACUGCAGCCUCCCUUGGGGGGAGCAUAAGUGGGAGGGAGCCAAAUCGGGGCAGCUGCUCCGAGCCUGGCUUCCUGCUGCCCUCGGCGCGCUCUGUACAGCCGCCAGCUA